UUCAUCUCCUCACCUGAAACUGGAUAGCCCCGUUCACAACACACCAGCCAUGGUCGAGUUUCCAUUACUUGGAGGCGGAAGUGCCCGAGAUGGAUUGCAGGUGGAUCGCCUGGAGGUUUGCUGGAUGUGCAGCGGAGACCUUGCCUGCAUGGUGGAUGCUGCGCCAAACAUGAGCAUCACAGACGUGCGCUCGCAGGUCCUCGAAAGGACUGGGGUGCCUGUUGAGCAGCAGAGGCUAUUCUGUGAAGGAAGUGAGCUGCUCCAUCAAGCCGACUUUAUGCAUGUCGGCAUUUGUGGGAAGCCUACCAUCCAGCUUGUCCGCUGCAACAGCGAUCCCCGCAACACGAAUCGAGCAUAUUUCAGGGAGAACCUCAAGCUACCAGAGGGGCCUGUUGGAAACUUCUGCCACGUGAAGAAGAUUGGAGCAGCCAUCUAUGGAGAGGUUGGCAUGUACAGAUGGGCUCAGCCCAAUGACAACUCGGAUGUGGUCGAUGUGGCGGUGAAAUGCAUUAGUGUUCAGAAGGCGCGGCAAACGCUUGAAAAGGACACCAAUGAGUGGACGGCUCACCAAUCUGCUCAGAAUAUUCCAAGCCCAGAGGACGCUUAUGCAGAGAUUGGCGUUCUUCAAUAUUUGUCAAAGCAACCAGAUCUUCCAGAAUACUUGUUGAAACUGUUGGCAGCUUUUAUAGAUGACUCCAAAAUAUGGCUUGUCAUGGAAAUGGCAGAUGGUGGUGAGCUCUUGGAUGCAGUCCUGUCGCAGAAGGUGACCCAUGGCCCUCAGACGAAGCAAUAUCUUUGGCAGACAUUAAAAGCAGUUCAAUAUCUUCAUGCUCAUUGCAUAGGUCAUCGUGACAUCUCCCUAGAAAAUCUGCUGUUGAAAGCGGGAACCAUCAGGCUUGUGGAUUUUGGCAAUGCGGUGCAAAGCCACUCCUCAACUGGACAAGAACUGCGAUACUUUCUCACGGUUGGAAAGGACACCUAUCGAGCACCAGAGUGCAUUGUACCACGUCGCUCAAGAAUUGCGGUCACUGUGCCAGAGAAGGCAAGUGCUGGAGACAUCAUUAUGACUCGAGAAUCGGGCGGGCUGUUCCAGGUUCGUCUGCCCCAGGGAGCCACGCGUGGUCAGCUUUGCCAAGCGCAAGUUUGGGGAUAUGCUGUUCAGCCUGCAGACAUUUUUUCAUGUGGUGUUUGCUUUUUCUGUAUGAGCUAUGGAAGUGGCCCUUGGAUCAAUGCCCAGCUGAAUGAUGAUUUCUUUGCCUUUGUUUACACAAAUGGAGAUAAUGGCUUGAAGGACCUGCUUCGGCAUUGGGGCAAACCGUUGCUUGAGGAUGAGGCCAUGGAGCUUUUGUUGCACAUGAUUCGUGUGGAUCCUUUGGCCAGACCGGCAGCAGCGAGCUGCUUAGGAAGCAGUUGGUUCAAAGACUUGGAGGAAGCCAGCCACCAGAGUGUGGAGAUGCUUUAGCCGUUCUAUCUGCAGAACCCGUGUCUCGCGGCUCAUUCUCGGAUGAUUCUCCGUGCAGCGUUUGCGCUGUGCGGACCUGUGCUGUGUGCUAGCUAUUAGAGUGUGGGAAGCUGCGCUCCUAACAGCAUAAAUGCCCCUUACUUGCUCGUGUG